AAAUACUCCCGACGUCCCCGAUAGCCUCCGCAGCCUGACUCAACGACCCAACUACUUACCAUCAUGGUACCUAACAGCAGCCUGCCAGCUACUCAUGCCGCCGUUAAUGCGUCUAUGGUGCCCGUAUCUGCGGACAUCAGUACGCCGGGCGCUUUACAAGUAUCUGAAGAUGGAAAGCAUUUGAUCAUGCCAGAACAAGGUCGGGCAGGGAUGAACAUGCCUGCACCCAUUAGCCUGGACUACUGGCCAGCAUACUCCGAUCGCGAUGAGAACCUGGAGGUCUUCUUUGCAAUCUACAAGCCGCCCCUCCCGUCAUCGAGCGUGCGCGACCUGCGCUGGUCAAUCUGCUGGAAGAUCCAGAACCACCUGAGCUGGCGCCACAUCCAAGCCGUGCAGGAACAGUCGCUGCUCGGGCUCCCGCCGCAGCCGCGCUACGUCUACUGGGGUGCACUGACCAAGUCCGCGGGUCCGGCAGACGCGAGCGCGCUCAGACACUUGAUGGGCGUGUACUCGCUCGCGGACAGGCGGAGGCUCGAGCAACUUGCGCUGGAGAUACCCGUGAUGGCGCCCGGCGGGACCUGGAAUUGCCAGGACUGGCUGCAAGAGCUCCUGAAUCGUAUGGUGGCGGCUGGGCUGCUUUCGCGGGAAGGAUGGGAGGCGGUCUUCGCUUUUAUGCGGGCAGCAUACUGACGAAAGGUGAGAUAAACAUCGUCAAGAAUACCGCCUGGAGCACCCGCUAUACUGAUUGGAAGAAUGGGAUGUUGUAUCGAAUAAUUAGCAC